UAGGCAAUACAAUUCUAUAAAUAGGAAUAAAGAGUAAAGAUCCAGACCUUCUCUCUGUCACUAACUGUGUCCGAUUUCAUUUCAAAAAAAAAAAAAAGGAUUUGCAAGAUGGACAGCAUGCAUAGCUAUUGGCAACUCGGUGAUGAGCUUCGAGGCCAAUCAAGAGUUGCAGAGGAGCACAAGUGGAUAAUGGCUGCAUCUAAGUUAGCUGAACAAACAAGGAUUAAGGGUGAACGCAUGAAUAAUCUUGAUCUUUCAAAGGGUCUGGGAGACAUAAGGCCAAGGGACAAACUUGGGUAUCAGGAAGAUAAUAAAUUUGAAAACCUCAACUUUAAUAUGUUGAACUUGGAAUCUAAGAUAGCAGAAAGUGUGAGCAAAAGUUCUUUCAGGAAUGGAGUUUACAAUAUGAAUGCAGUUUACCCAAAAAAUAACAUAAACAAUAUUGGAAAUUUGAUGGGUAGCAAGUAUAGUGGCAACAAUCAAAAUAGCAAAGAGCUUAACAGCACCAUCACCAACAAUAAUAACAGCAUCAUUAUUGAGAACAAUGCUAAUAGUGUAGUCGAGAAAAGGUUCAAGACUUUGCCUGCAACAGAGACACUUCCACGGAAUGAGGUUCUUGGAGGAUACAUCUUUGUUUGUAAUAAUGAUACUAUGCAGGAAGACUUAAAGCGCCAGCUAUUUGGUUUACCACCGAGAUAUAGGGAUUCUGUUCGGGCAAUAACUCCAGGGCUGCCACUAUUUCUCUAUAACUACACUACUCAUCAGUUGCAUGGUAUAUUUGAGGCAGCAAGUUUUGGGGGUUCUAACAUUGAUCCAACUGCUUGGGAAGACAAAAAAUGUAAAGGCGAAUCAAGAUUUCCUGCUCAGGUGAGGAUUCGUAUUAGAAAACUUUGCAAGGCAUUGGAGGAGGAUUCUUUUAGGCCAGUAUUGCAUCACUAUGAUGGCCCCAAGUUUCGUCUUGAACUCUCAGUUCCUGAGACCCUGGAUCUCUUAGACCUUUGUGAACAAGCGGGAUCUUCAGCUUGAGUAAUCGACUUGCUUAGUAUGCAAAUGUAGUAGGCUUUAUGGCACAUGUUAGCUACCUGCUUUUCGCAGAUUGUCCGAAGAGCGUAAGCUUAGGAGUUAAGUCUGUUUGAGUAAAUUGGGAAAAGUGGGAUUGGCAUGCAAGCCAGCUGAAAUAAAUACAUUUGUGUCUAUCUCUAAGUUGUAGCUUUGUGAUUUAUAGUGCUAUUGUCGUAUAGAUGUACAAGAGAAUGAUAGUCUGUGUAAUGAUCAAGUUCUCAAGAAGAGGAGGGCUUUUGAUUUGUCUUAUUUACUGAAUGUAAACUGAUUGUGCUAUUGUUGAGUGUUUUCCUGAGUAUCCUCACAA